UGUUUACGGGCUAUCGUCUACUGUUCAUCUCUGAGGCAACUUGCAGCAAUGGGCGGACAUCACGGAGAACCCUACACGGUGCCCCAUGCAUCGGCCUACAAGGUGGAGAAUGUGCCCCAGCUGGUGGAGGUGAAGGAGGCGCUGGCCCGUCAGGGAUUAAAGGAUCCCUGGCUCAGGAACGAAGCCUGGCGCUACGAGCCCAAGGCCUUCGGCACCCACAGAACCCGCCUGAACACCUUCCUCUUCCGCGGACUCGGCGUGGGAUUCGCCGCCUUCCUGGCCACCGUCGCCGUGGAGUACGCCCUGGGCAUCGGCAAGGGUCAGGGCGGCCACGGACAUGGUCACGGACACGAAGAACAUGGCGACAAGGGCCACCAUUAGCUAUACUAAAUAAACCCCGUUGUGCUAUCGCUCCAAAAAUCUGUUUAUUCGCAAUACAUAUACGUGUAGGGGUUUUCACUAAAGCUAAAGUAA